AUGGCGGCCAACGACGCGGGCUCCAUACGACUAUAUGACGAUGUCGCAGCCGCCGUCGUCGACGUGACUGCCGACGUCGUCGCCACCGCAACUACCAAUACUGCUGCUACUGCUGCCGCCACCGCCGCCACGAGUGACCCCCGAGGGCGACGGACAGCAGGUCCAGGUCCAGGUCCAGGUCCGGGUCUAGCAACACGAAGCUCUGCGAGUCCUCCCAUUCAGCCGACGACUGUGAGCGGCGGGCCGGCCACCGACGGCGAUCCCAACCACGACCGCCUACUCCACGACCCUACUUGUAUGCCUCGCGCCGCGGCUUCCCUCGACGACGCAACGGCUGGCACCGCCAACGGCAGCGAGCACGACGGCAACGACAAGCCAUCGACGAGACACGUUCCGCCCGGUGCGGCCCAGAGUCACGACGCCGCCCAGGACAAAGAGCCCGCUCCCGGGCAGCCACAGCGGAUCGCGGCUCGGGACGGAUCUGCGCCAGUACACGCCCAUCACCCCACGGAUCACAAGCACGGUGCCUCGCCCGCCAUGAUCUUCUCCGACUUCUACAAGAGCCCUCGCUCCCCUUUGGCUAAGCUCCGCCAUCACCACCCCCAACUCCCGACACCACCACCUACAGCUACGCCAGACUGGGUUGCCCCCGAGUACGCCGAUCUCUUGAGCAAGGACAAGUCAAAGCAAAAGGAGGCAAUCAAGCGCUACUUGUCGGACAAGGUCAAGACAGACUGGCAGUUCACGUGGCCGCCGCGUCCUCACGCAUCCAGCGUGGUGCCCCCUGAUGGCGGCAUCAUUGAAGGGGACGUUGGCCAGACAGGCACGCAAACAGAUGGUGCCAGCAGUGGAGCACACGUGCCGGUCCAGGACGAGACCCGUGACGAUGACGGUUAUCAAGUGGACGAAGGCUCUGAGCUUGAAGCGCCGCCCUCCGACGAUGGCCAUGUAGACGACGAGGACGACGACGCCAAGUCGCUUUACAGCGUUGUCUCGGAGGAUGCAGUUCACUAUCGCCCUCGCAUGGAGUGGACAUCGGACCUCUCCGAAGAUGAAGCUCCCGCAUCGUCCGCCCAUUUGCGCUUCGAUGGCACCGACUCGAUUCAAUCGGCCGCGACCUCCUCUGCGCUCGAUAAGCGUGCCCGCCGGCGCAGGGCACUGCGUGAGGAGAUGCAGUGGAAUAAAGGCUUGGCCUGCUUCGAGGCUCGCCGCAAUGCCUGGACGAGCGCGAAGACCGUCAGGGUACGAAGCAAACCUGCAAGUCCUCCGCCCACGUCUCCGCGCUCGCCUCGGCGGUUCUUCUUCCGCCACUCCAUGUCCGGAUCUCCGCCCAGUUCCGUCCCUAGUGCGGCCGCGACGAGCGUCGAGGGGUCUGGUACCGUAUCCGACACCUCGUCCGUGGCCAGGGAUGCCAGUGACAAGGAAUUGAGAAGGCACCGAACACAGGGCUCGUCUGUCUCAGACAUGGCGGCCGCCAAGCUAUACCCCGUCGAGACGUUGCUGCCGAUCGGCCAGCCGCUGCUGCCCCCCAACAAUCCGCUGCGCGCCUGCAUCUCCCCAAACGUCUACAUGAGCCUCUACGACAAGGUCAUUCUUAACAACCUCCAGCCCGCAUGCCCCGUCAACCUGUCUGACAUGCUGCGUUCCUGCGUGGUCGGGUGGAAGCGCGACGGAGAAUGGCCUCCCAAGCCGUCUGCGCCCGACCCAAUCGCCGCCGCGCGUAAGAAGAAGAAGGCCCCGGCGACUGGCAAUGACAGCGGCGUCAAAGCCGCCAGGCGGAUGAGCUUUGGCAUUUUGGGCCGCGAGAAGGACAACAAGGACGAGGACUCACGGACUGGUAAGGGAAUCCGUCGAAGCCUUCAGAGGGCCUUGGGAUUCAACGUCGGCUCAGGGAACCACGACAACGUGGAGAAGACCAACAGGGUGUGA